UGCCUCUGGGUUUUGCAGUUUCCAGAUUUCCUCAGCCCCCCCAGGAGCCAGCAUGGACAAUCUCCUUUCUAGUUUCAAAAGCAGGUUUGUUGUCCUGAAGGUCACAUUCUGAGCUGAGGAGUGUAAAGGUAACCAAUUGUUUUUUGUUUCAAAGAUCUGCCCCAAAGAUAGGCUGUUGCUCUUCUUCUGGAAAGCCUGAUCGGUAGGAUUCCUUCAGGGACUCAGCCCAAAGUGCUUCCUCUCUCAUUCCCUCACCAACUUCAAAACUAAAGCUUGCCUAGAACCUCUGGACGAAAACCGGCUGGAUUCCAUCAUUUCACACAAAUGGCUAAUCCUGGAGGUGGUGCUGUCUGCAAUGGGAAUCUGCACAAUCACAGGAAACAGAGCGACAGCCUGCAAAGUGGAAACUGCACGAAAAAUGGAAUAGUGAAAGAAGCCCAGCAAAAUGGGAAACCACAUUUUUACGAUAAGCCAAUUGUUGAAUCCUUUGAGGAAGCACCUCUUCAUGUUAUGGUUUUCACUUACUUGGGAUAUGGACUUGGAACCCUAUUUGGCUAUUUCAGAGACUUUCUGAGGAACUGCGGAAUAGAAAAGUGCAAUGCAGCCGUAGAACGAGAAGAACAAAAAGAUUUUGUGCCACUUUAUCAAAACUUUGAGAACUUUUACACGCGGAACCUGUACAUGAGAAUCAGAGACAACUGGAACCGGCCCAUCUGCAGCGCCCCGUCGGCUCUGUUCGACGUGAUGGAGAGGGUGUCAGACGACUACAACUGGACAUUUCGGUUUACUGGAAGAAUCAUUAAAGAUGUGAUCAACAUGGGCUCAUAUAACUUCCUUGGCCUGGCUGCCAGUUAUGAUGAAUCUAUGAAGACGGUAAAGGAUGUUUUAGAGCAAUAUGGCUUAGGUGUGGCCAGCACCAGACAUGAAAUGGGAAGUUUGGAUAAACACAAAGAGUUGGAGAACCUUGUGGCUGAGUUCCUGAAUGUAGAAGCAGCUAUGGUCUUUGGGAUGGGAUUUGCAACUAACUCAAUGAAUAUCCCAGCACUAGUUGGAAAGGGAUGCCUCAUUUUAAGUGAUGAGUUAAACCAUGCAUCUCUCGUACUCGGGGCCCGACUCUCAGGUGCAACCAUAAGGAUCUUCAAACACAACAACAUGCAAAGCCUAGAGAAGCUCCUGAGAGAUGCUGUAAUCUAUGGCCAGCCUCGAAUCCGCAGAGCUUGGAAGAAGAUUCUCAUCCUAGUUGAGGGCAUCUACAGCAUGGAAGGUUCCAUCGUGAAUCUGCCCCAGAUCGUGGCUCUAAAGAAGAAAUACAAGGCUUACCUCUACAUAGACGAAGCUCACAGUAUUGGGUCCGUGGGCCCAACUGGCCGGGGUGUUGUAGAAUUCUUUGGACUGGACCCUCGAGAUGUUGAUGUGUUUAUGGGCACAUUCACCAAAAGCUUUGGAGCCUCAGGAGGUUACAUAGCUGGAAGGAAGGACCUUGUGGAUUAUUUACGAGUUCAUUCACAUAGUGCUGCUUAUGCUACAUCCAUGAGCCCACCAAUAGCAGAGCAAAUCAUCAGAUCAAUGAAAUUUAUCAUGGGACUGGAUGGAACCACACAAGGGCUUCAGAGAGUACGGCAACUUGCAAAAAAUACAAGAUACUUCAGACAGAGACUGAACGAAAUGGGAUUCAUUAUCUAUGGCAAUGAGGAAUCUCCCGUCGUUCCCCUGCUCCUUUACAUGCCUGCUAAAGUAGCGGCUUUUGCAAGGCAUCUAUUAAAUAGAAAAAUCGGGGUGGUGGUCGUUGGAUUUCCAGCUACUCCCCUCGCAGAAGCUCGGGCUCGGUUUUGUGUUUCAGCAGCACAUACCCGGGAGAUGCUAGACACAGUUUUGGAAAACCUGGAUGAAAUGGGUGAUCUCCUGCAACUGAAGUAUUCCCGGCACAAGAAGUCAGCGCGCCCUGAACUCUAUGAUGAGACAAGCUUUGAACUGGACGAUUAAGUCUCCUGGUCCCGAAUUGCACCUAAAGACUUUGCCAGAAAGACCUCCCUCCCUGCCUCAAAAGGAACAUAAAUGGAUUUCUCCCCCUUUCUAAGGACAAUUUUGGUUUCUGAACCAGCUGAAUUGAACUGAAGGAAAUGUCAUGUUUUUAAUGUCUCCAAUCUGGAACUGCAAAGACAAAAAUAUGGUUCCAGAUUUUAACUUUUCUCCUCAUCCAAGUAUCCUGCUACAAACACAUGCACACGCACACAUGCGCACACGUGCGCAUACACACACUCACACGUACACACACACACACACACACACUUCCUAGAACAUUUUUAAUGGCAAUGAGCCUGUGUUUUAGCUGCUACUGUGCAGCCUCUUUGGUCCAGACUCUUUCAGGCAUUCCAACCAAAUGAGAGGGUUUUGAUUUUUAAUUCAGUAGAUUCUCACUCCGUGUUUACUUAUUUCAUCUGCAGACAUGAGCAGAGGUGGUGGGCAGUAGCUGACCUCCUUGUUUCACCCAUGAAUGCCCCAGCUAGAACUCAUCUGUAUCAUGGGGAGCUCCAGGCAGGAGGGUAAAGAAAUAUUGCUUCUACCAUUUGCCACAUUUGGACUUUUUCCAAGGACAAGUGUCAAAAGCCAUAGUUAACGUUUGGAGGGAGAGAGCAGAAUCGGCCAACAGUGACUAAAGACGUCUUUGAAGGAAACUUUCCUUUUCCUCUCGCUGGUCUCCUACAGUUUUACAGCUGAGCUUUUGAGGUUUGGAAAAUCCAAGACUUUUGUUUCAUAAGGAAGGGGGCAGAAAGCAAACACAAGCCAAUUUUAGGCCUAGACUAAAACUGUAAUGUUAUAGCAACUGGAAGGUUGUCUGUGCCAUGUGGAGUGAAUGUUUAGCUUGCGAACAUAGCCCUUAUUACUUUAAGGAAUGAGUUGUCAUUUUCCUAUUAAAUUUUGAGUAAAUGGUGAGAUUCAAUUUCCUUUAGAGUUGACUCUCAAGACUAUACUUGAAUGUAUUGAUUCAAAAACAACAUUUAAAAGCAACUUCUAUUCAACUUUUUUAACACUGACACCCCCAUUCAGACCUAUUGAGUUCUUAACUGUCUGCUGGCACACGAACUCCAAUUCUGGUGUAAAGUAGGCUUAUACACUAUUGAGCAACUAAUUGUAAUUUACCUCCAUUCUCUCUCUGUCUCUUUCUCUCUGUCUCUGUUGUCUGUCUGUCUUUCUCUCUUUCUAAAUGUGAACACAAACUUAUCUGGAAUAGUACCCUUUUGCUAAUUGGAUCUAGUUGGUAUGGAAAAAGCCAGUGGAAAACCUUAUCUUUAACAAGCUCCCAGAUGGCUCCCAGAUUUGGAAACUCCAAAGAGCAAUGGUGACCUUUUAGCAAAGCUUCUGUAAUAGUUUGAAUGAGUUACAGAACAUUCCACUCCAUCAAAUGACAGUAUAAACAAAUCACUUCAAGAGAGGUUUGACUUGUGACACAGAUGGACCCAAGCUUUCAUGCUGUGCACCGAGAAAGAAACCCAGCCUGAAGCACCAGUGUUGGAUACAGCAAUAUGCCCUGAUGCUCACAACUUAUUAAAGGAUAAAGGUGAUCCGUGUAGAGAGCUUUUUAUGGGGAAAGUAUAACCCCUACUAGGUACAUCAGUUUAAAAGUGGAUCGCAAUGGUAAAGUUUCUCAUAAACAUUUGUUAGGAUCACUCUUAGCAAAAGAGGAGAGGGAGUGGUUCUGAAAAUGCAGUUGCCCCAUCCCAGGACUAAUAUUGAUAACUAAAUUCCAACUUUUCCCAAUGAAUUGGCAUAGGAUUACUUAUGCAAAGAAAAUAUAUGUAGUAUAAAUGUCCCCAAAAAAGGAAGACAUGUAGGUCUUCUCACUCGAGAAUGUGCAUUUAAGUGUGCCUGGGUGGCUCACUCAGUGAAGCACCGACUUCGACUCAGGUAAUGACCUUGUGGUUCAUGAGUUUGAGCCCCGAGUCAGGCUUUGCACUGCCGGUGUGGAGCCUGCUUGGUAUUCUCACUCUCUCCUCUCUCUCUGCUCCUCCCCUACUCAUGCCUUCUCUCUCUCUCAAAAUAAGUAAAACUAGAAAGAAGAAAGAAAGAAGAAAGAAAGAAAGAAAGAAAGAAAGAAAGAAAGAAAGAAAGAAAGAAAGAAAAUGUUCAUUGAAACAAAAUUGAUUCUAGUUAAUUAUCCAAAAUGCAUAAGUGUGUUCAGUCCUAUAGAGGGAACAAUAGACAAAGAGGCCAGUGAAACAUCUGGGCUUCACCUGAGGUACAGUAAGCAGUAAACAUCCCCUUGCAUUCUGGAUGUCCAUGACCUUCAUACACAUCUUCACACCCACGCUUUGAGUUUUAAGCUUAUAAAGGGAUGUCUUUGUGACCAGUGUGCCUUUUAUGGAAGAUCCGGAGUCUAAGUCGUGAUAGGAAAAUACUUACCCACCCGGCCUGGGGAGCAAGGCGGACAUUACUCCUACUCCUGUUUCAUCAAGAUCCUAGGGCAAUUUAUUACAUUCUCAAGUGCAAGAUUAAAAAAAAAAAAACACUCUCUGUCAGAGGGUCUACACUGAAUACACUUAUGAGGACAACUAAAUGCAAUGCACAUUAGGAGGGGCCCAGAUCCCAUAGGGCUGGUAAUAUAAGAGCACAUGUCAUAUAGAGUGAAGUUGGUUAAGAGGGUGAUUGUGAGAAUUUUUAAUUUUUAUAAGAAAAUAUCUGCUAGGUUAAUAAAAGCAUAAUUUCAAAUCAAUAGGGAUUAUUGAAUCUCAGUAACUAUACCACAGUCAAAAUGUCCCUUUGGCCAGUUCUGUUGAGAAAGAGAAUUUUCUAACAAAACUCUGUUUUGCACCCCAACCUUCCCAAAUGCAUACACACACACACACACACACACACACACACACACUUUCCCCUUCCUUUACAGAGCAAGCAAGAGUAUAAAGGUACAGAUGAGAAUCUGGCUUGCUGAUAGAUACAUAGAUAGAUGGAAGAUGUUCUAAAAAUGGCCUUUAGUGAAACAGUAGAUAAAGGAUGCAGACUGAUUUUGUAAGGGAAAUACAUUUGUGUAACGGAAAUGGCAUAGAUACAUUCCUAAUCUUAUUAUGGAACUGUAUUGUGGACGUUUGGCUACAUUGCCUUUCAGCAUGCUUUGGUUUGACAGACACCAUGGGCUUCAGAAUUUACUAGGAAGCUUGUUAAAAUGCAGAUCCCUGGGCCCCACACCAGACUUAACUUAAUUAGAAUAGCUGUUGGUGCUCAGGAAUUUACAUUUUAGCAAGUCUCCUCAGGGGAUUCUAAUCCAUGUCAUAAUUUGAGAACCAUUGUUGGAGUUCUUGUUUUGACUGAUCAGUUGUCUCUAAUUAAACAUAACAGAAACUUUG